AUGGCCAGCGGGAUCGAUCCCUCGAUUCGGGUGCGGCGCGCCAUCCACGCCGGCGACGCGCUGCUCGUCGGGCGCAUCCUCAAGUCCAACCCGUCGGUCCUCCACAACCCCGACACGUCGCUCAUGGGCCUCGCCAACUCCAACCUGCACCUCGCCGCGUCGCUCGGCCACCGCGACGUCUGCGAGGUGCUCCUCCGCGCCGGCCACGAGCGGCCCUGCCCCGCGCUCAACGACAACCACCAGACGGCGCUCAUGCUCGCCGCCGCCGCCGGCCACACCGACGUGGUCCACCUGCUGUGCGAGCGCGACCCCGCCAGCAUCCUGCGCCGCGACGCCCGCGGCCGCGACGCCGUCAUGGAGGCCAGCGCCGGCGGCCACGACACCAUCCUGCAGCUGCUGCUCACCUACGUCCCCGGCGGGCCCCUCGACGCCGUCCGCCGCGCCGACAACGAGGGCAACACCGCCCUGCACUUUGCCAGCGCCAGCGGCAACCUCAUGGGCCUGCGCACCCUGCUGGCCGCCGGCGCCGACGUCGACCGCCGCAACCUCUGGAACUGGACCCCCGCCGCCUACAGCGCCACCGUCCAGGCCGAGGUCUACCUCAAGGGGCUCGUCGGCGAGGUGGAGAGGCGGCACCAGCUCAGGAAGGAGGCCGACGCCACCAAGAAGGCCGGCCUCGUGCGCGUCGUGCCCGACGACAGCGACGACGACUGA